CGUAGAAAAAUGGCAGCUUACAUACGCAGCGUGAUGUUUCCUAUUUUGAUAGAGCGAAAUGCUUUUCUUAGAAGAGGAAACGGCAUUAUCUCAGAAUCAAAAAGAUAUGUUCGCGGACUGAGGAGGAAACCUGUCCAAGUGAUUUUUCCUGACGACGUGGCGGAUAAAGAUGUGAAGCCGAUAAAGUCUCAACCAGCAGAGAAAAACGUGAGGAGGGAGAAGGAAGCAAAAGUCACGGCUAGACCAAAACAUACCGAACAAGGCGACUUUGACCAGACGAGGAAUAAUGUAAAGCCAAAUAUAAGACAUGCACCCGAUAAUGUUAUAGAUGAUCCGUUUGGUGGCCUGCGCUUCGAGAGGGCUUUUCCUGGAGAUAAGAGAUUGGCGAAAGUAGUGAGUGUUGCUCGUUCCAGGACGUUUCGGGAGCACCAGGGUAAAAUCCUCCUGGAGGGGCGGCGUUUGAUCUGUGACGCUCUGAAUGCUGGUGCAAACCCACAGAUGAUCUUUUUCAGUACAGUGGAACGAAUUCAAGAGCUUCCUGUAGACAAGCUGAAAAGAGCCACACUGGUCAAAGUCAAGUUUGAGGACAUCAAGAUCUGGUCUGACCUUGUUGCCCCCCAAGGCGUGAUAGCCAUAUUUUCUCGCCCAGACCCAUCACGGUUAAACUUUGCAAAUAAAGGAGAUUCCGUGCCAUUGUCUCUUAUAUGUGACAAUAUCCGAGACCCAGGCAACCUUGGGACUAUGCUGCGGUGUGCUGCUGCUGCCGGCUGCCAUAAUGUCCUCCUCACUAAAGGUUGUGCUGAUGCUUGGGAGCCUAAAGUUCUCCGUGCAGCAAUGGGUGCCCAUUUCCGCCUACCCAUUUACCCCAACUUAAGCUGGCCUGAUGUUGAAAAUCACCUUCCUAACUCUGUGACAGUUCACGUGGCUGACAGCAGCUGUGGCGCUGACAAAAGUAAAGAAACAGAGGAAUCAGAAGUGAAUACAUCGCUGAAACCCUCUAAAGCAGAAGAUUACGGAUGCGUUAGCGCAAAGGCCAGUAAAAAGACAAGACACCGUGAGGAAUACGACUCUGAUUCGGAUUCAGACGGUGAAUAUGAGGGAUUCUCACUUCCCAAUGUGGAAACCAAACUGUACCAUGAGAGCUGGGCACAGAAACCUCUGGCUCUGGUGAUUGGAGGAGAAACGCACGGUUUGAGUGUUGAAGCUGUGGGGUUGGCUGAAAAAACUGCCGGUAACAGGCUCUUUAUUCCCGUUGUUCCUGAUGUGGACAGCUUGAAUUCAGCCAUGGCAGCGAGUAUACUUCUGUUUGAGGGAAGGAAGCAGCUUUUAAAGAUAAUGCAGACAGCAGGAAGGAAGUUCAUAUCUAAAGCUAAGCAGCAGAUAACUUGAAGUUAAGUCCAGAUAUCAUGAUAUGUUUGUUUGUCCUCGUCUCUAGAGACUGUAAAGUUUUUUUUUAUGUAAACUUCUAUCCCAUACCUUGUUCUGCCAUUAAUAAAUCACUGAAUUUGGGAUAUUUUUGUCAAAUUCAUUAAUUUCUUAUGAGCCUUUUCAUGGGUUUCUUAUUUUUUUGUUGAAAUAAAGACAUCUGAUUAUGA